AUGCCACAUCUCCGCCAACACCUCAGCAUCAUACAACCUCGUCGUCCCCCUCUCCAACUCAUCCGCCACCGCCACCCAAAAAUUCCUCUGCACCUUCUCCACCGCUACCACCAACCUCUCCACCCCCUCUGCCGUCUCCAACUCCGCCCUCCCGUCCACCACCAUUGGCGACUCCCCUAUCCCGGGUUGUCUGGGAGACACCUAUUUGGGACUAGUGGGGAUAUCUAUAUCUAG